GUCGAAUUGUACUGGUUUGAAAUGCUUAGACUUGCCAUGAAAACACUGGUUUGCAUUAUAUUAUAUAUAAUUAUAUAAGAUGUAUGACUACAUGGUGAAAAAUGGUCUAUCUAUCUCUGUAAUCAGUGAGCUCCUAAUUUACAACGCGGUUGUACUUCGUCUAAUCCCGCCCCUUUCUUUUACGUAUUUACUACAUGGGACUCUGAUUGGCUAUUUAUUUCGUGGCCUGGCAACCAGAAGCGGCUUUACCAAACAGACAGACCCCCACCAGCUAAAACAUUCGAGCUAGCUGUUUUGUCUGGAAAGAUUCAGCUGUCCAAAUUCCAUCAUGUCUUCAAGGACUCUGCCGCUGCUUUUUAUUAAUCUCGGCGGAGAAAUGUUGUACAUCCUAGACCAGCGUCUCCGAGCUCAGAAUAUACCUGCUGACAAAGCUAAGAAAGUUAUGAAUGACAUCAUCACCACCAUGUUCAACAAAAAGUUCCUGGAGGAGCUUUUCAAGCCACAGGAGCUAUAUUCCAAGAAGGCCCUACGGACUGUGUUUGACAGGUUGGCCCACGCAUCCAUAAUGAGACUCAAUCAAGCUAGUAUGGACAAGCUCUAUGACUUGAUGACCAUGGCUUUCAAGUAUCAGGUGCUUCUCUGUCCACGACCUAAGGACAUCCUCCUUGUGUCCUUCAACCACAUGGAUGCAAUCAAAGACUUUGUGAAAGAUACUCCCAGCAUUCUCAGCCAGGUUGAUGAGACUUACCGACAGCUGAUAGAGAUGUAUACGCCUUUGUCCAGUGGUGAAUUCCAGCUGAUUAGACAAACUCUUCUUAUCUUCUUUCAAGACAUGCAUAUAAGGGUAUCUAUUUUCCUCAAGGACAAAGUGCAGAAUUCAAAUGGCCGCUUUGUUCUUCCCACCAGUGGUCCUGUGCCCCAUGGCACGCAAGUCCCUGGCUUGAUAAGGAUAUUCAGCUGUACAGGUGAGGAGAUCACCAGGCUGAAGUUCAAUAAUGGAGGGAACUAUACCACUGCACUCCGUGAAGGAUCUUUUGACAUCUUUGGUGAUAGAGUCACAAAACUGGGCACAAACAUGUACAGUGUAAGUCGCCCAGUGGAAACUCACAUGUCUGGCACAUCUAAAAAUUCUGCUCAGCAUACAAAGGUCAGCGCUGCUCCAAACCCUCUGGCCAAAGAGGAACUGAACCUGCUGGCCAGGUUAAUGGGAGGGUUAGAAGUUCAGAAACCAGGAAACACAGACACUGACUUCCGAAUUAACCUCUUUGCUACUGACGAAGAAGAAGAAGAGGCAUUAAUAUCAAGACCCGAUGAGCUUUCAUAUGGAGUCAUAAACAUCCAAGCAACAAAGGACCAGCAAGCCAAUGCAGAGUUGGCCAAGAUCAUGGGUGAAUUUACAGAGUCAGGAGAUCAGUCUCCCAGUGUCAGCAACAAAGGGGACGACCUUCUGGCCAUGAUGGACGGUUUGUGACAUGGUCACAGUGACAGAAAUGGCCAGGGAUUGGGAACAUUGCAUUGUCAACAGUUCACAUUAGUAAAGACCAGUCUGCUUUCCGUACCUGCAAAUGCACUGCAGCAGAAUCACAUGCAGCCAGAAAAACUGCUUGCUCGAGUGCUUUUACAAAGCAGAUGUGAGCAGUUUUGUUGUCAGACGAUCAGCUGCAUAUUUGCAUUCAAGAACAAAGAAUGUGUGGUGAGGCAAGCAUUAAGCUGUAAUAGUAUGUUUGCUGUAAAUGCAAAGGUAUUUCGGUUCAAUGUACAGUUGGCUUACUGUAUAUUAGUUUAUUGACCAUGUGAUAAUAGCAAAACAAGUGUUUAUACAGUGCAAUAUCUUGCAGUUUUUAUUCUGUUCUAUGUAAUAUUCUUUAAAUUCAUUUAUUUUAAGAGUUGCAAUGACCAAACAGUUUUAGUCCAUAUUCAGUCCACAGUCUGGUGGUUCUUUAUUUCUAAUUAUUCCCCUUUUGAAUUAUAUCUUAAUUUACACCGUCCAGAGAAGAAGUUUGUGACUUCCUCUGUGUUCUAAUGAACAAGUGACUACGUGAUGA